GGGGCGCGGGGGUUGUUGGCGGCCCUGCAGCUGCCGUCACUCUUCCCGCCCGUUACCCGCAUCCUCCUGGCGUGGGCUCCGCCGGCUGGAGGACUAUGAAGCUCCGUUACCGGGCGUUGUUCCUGGCGCCUGCUGCGCGGAGGCUUUAAACCGCGCUCUCCGCCCCCGGCCAGCCUUUGACAUUUCGGAGAGGCGGCUGGGGGGAGCCCGGGACGCGGAGCCCACAGUUACUGUGCGGCGCUAGGAAAUGGACGGCGAAUGAGCGAGUGGCGGUGUGAAGGCAGUAAAGAACCCACGACUCCUCAUCGUCCAUCCCCCUUCCCUCCCACACCCGAAGUGAGGCGGGCGGCGGCAGCUCCGCAAGGAACAGGCGUGUUUGCCCAAGUUCUGCCUCUCGCUUCUGUAGCCCCGGUUCGCGCUACGGCCUUGGGGCAGCGAUAGCGUAAGAGAUCCCCGCCUCGGAACACGCCUCGGCCGGCACCAGCGGGACGCCUUCCCUGGGCGGCGGCGGGCGGGAACGCCGACUGCUUUUCUGACGGGGAGAAGCAGUCAGACCGCAGGUGCUCUCGUUCGAGAGCAUCCCCGGCUGAGAGGACCCGGCUCGCCUCGGCCUCACCCCGCCGGAAGGGGCGGCGCGGCGGGCCCGGCAGCAGCUGGGUGUUGCCCAGCGCCGAGCGGGGAGGUGAGGGCGAGGCGGCGGCGGCGGCGGUGAGGAUCCCGCUGCAGAGCGGAGAUGGCGGACGAGGCGCUCUUCCUGCUGCUGCACAACGAGAUGGUGGCGGGGCUGUACCGCGCCGCCGAGCAGGGCGAAGGGGAGAACGGCCGCUGCACCACCAAACUGGAGAGCAUGGGCUUCCGCGUCGGACAGGGGCUGAUCGAGAGGUUUACAAAAGAUACUGCCAGGUUCAAGGAUGAAUUAGAUAUUAUGAAGUUCAUUUGCAAAGAUUUCUGGACAACUGUAUUCAAAAAACAAAUAGAUAACCUAAGGACUAAUCAUCAGGGUAUUUAUGUCCUUCAAGACAACAAAUUUCGUCUCUUGACACAAAUGUCUGCAGGAAAGCAGUAUUUAGAACAUGCACCAAAGUAUUUAGCAUUUACCUGUGGACUCAUCAGAGGUGGCCUGUCCAAUCUGGGAAUAAAGAGUAUUGUAACAGCAGAAGUUUCAUCAAUGCCUGCAUGUAAAUUUCAGGUGAUGAUACAGAAAAUGUAGAGCACGUUCAAAUCUGGGUAUCUGCCUUUAAAAUCCAUUGUGUGGGGGUUCACUAUGUUGGUUCAGCUUUGUAUAUAGCUUGUAAAUUAUAGCAUUGCACAAUUAAAAAUAUAAAUGUUAAUCUAACUAACACUAUAA